UUAAAUUAGAUAAUUUUAAUUGUGUAUUAAGAUAUUAAAAAAAACAGAAAAUAUUAAAAUAUCCAUAAAAUGCAACAUCAUACAGAAACUGGUUAUAUGCCAGAAGUGCCCUUUCAACCAUUAUGGGCUCAGGAAGCACCACCACCGCCUCCCAUAGUACCUUAUCAAGAAUUAAUUACUGGAUUUCCUUGCACAGAUUUGGCUCUAUGGCAACGAUCGCAAGUCAGCAGUCUGGUUAAUCCCCGUUCCAAUAGCAGCAGUCGUACCAAUGGCACCUCUAACGGGUCUACUAAUGGCAAUCCUACUAAGAAAACUAGACGUCGCACGGCUUCCAUGGCCCAACGGAGGGCAGCCAAUAUACGAGAACGUCGUCGCAUGUUUAAUUUAAAUGAAGCUUUCGAUAAGCUAAGACGUAAGGUUCCAACGUUCGCCUAUGAAAAACGUUUAUCACGCAUUGAAACUUUACGUUUGGCCAUUACGUACAUUGGCUUCAUGACAGAACUAUUGACUGGCACACCUAUGAAUUCGAUAAAAACCCGUUCUAAUGAUAUCUAUGGUGGCAUGAAUGGUCAUCAUCAUCCCGGUGCAAUGCCCCAUCAUUUACAUCCGUCGGCAUUUCAAAGAGAUUUUGCUUCACCUUAUGGUCAUAGUUUGGCUUAA